AUGGGAAAGAAGGGAGAUGCUGGUCGUGAUGGUGCUCGUGGUCCUCAAGGUCGAGAAGGUGUUCAUGGGUCUAAAGGCAAGAAAGGUGAAACUGGGUUUAGUGGAGCUGAAGGAGAAAAGGGUGAUAUGGGUUCAAUAGGUCCGGGAGGAGCACAAGGUGUACCAGGACCCCAUGGUGAACCAGGUAUUGUUGGUCCUAGGGGUGAGAAGGGUGCUCCGGGGUUUUAUGGUCCUAUUGGUAAAAGAGGUAUUCCAGGUAAGGGACUUCCCGGUCCUAAAGGAUAUCCCGGGCCACCAGGUGAAUCGGGGGAAAUUGGACCCCAAGGACCACGAGGUUAUGGAGAGAUAGGCCCACCUGGAGAGCCAGGUAUAACUGGUCCAAAAGGUGAUAGGGGACAAGUUGGGUAUGGUAAACCAGGAGGUCCUGGACCAGUGGGUAAGUAA